UUUGCUUAUAUAGGGUAGUAAUUGACCACCGACUUUUACCAAAUAUAUUUAGCUCAAUUUUCUUUAGCUCACAAUAUGCUGUGUAAAUAUUGCUAUGAAAAAUUGAAAUUAUCUCUCCUGUAAUUGUAACCAUUUACUUCUAUUUUAAAAUUAUAAUAACAGAGUGUUGAAGCGACGAUGAAUUUGUGCGAGUUUGAUGCUGAAAGAGUCCAAGAUUUAUCUUUUGUGAAAACUGAGCCAUCUUAACCAUGUAGGCCUAUAGAGUUACAUAAUCUACGUAAGUAAUGAUCAUGGAACGUACACACUAUCAUCGUCAAUUACGCGCAUGCGUAAAUGGCAGUGGAAACCUUCAAUGGGGACUAGACUUACGUUUUUAACCAGACUUGGGUAAAGUUUGCCUGGUAUUGGUCUUGGGGUAGCGCGCACAUGGCCUGGUCGCUCGCGAUCAGCAUGCCAUGCGCAGUACUAUUUCUAUUUACUCGGUAUACUAGCCGGCGCGGCCGUCCCGGCCCGGGAGCUCGAGCUAUAUGAUACACCAACGUAACUAGCAGCCUGUACGUACGUCGUACGUACAUACGCAUCAUAUCGGAGUCUUGCAUGCUAGAGCCUGAGGGUCUAAAAAUGGAGCUCGACAACUGCUGCGGAGAUAGUUCAAGUGAAGAUGGGUUCAUAGACCCUCUCACCAAAAUCGUUCAAAGGUGGGGAUGUCCGUCAGUGUUAAAGAUACUAGAAGAAAAUGAAGUUGAUGUGGAAACCCUUCCCCUUCUAAGUGAAAGUAUAAUCACAUCCUUCAUACCCAAGAUUGGACCUCGAUUGAAGUUUCUCGCUGGGUGGCGUGCAGAGGUAGGCCCUAGAUGUGGCACAAUAUCUCACUAUGGAUAGUUACAGAUGCUUUCAGUGUCUUGAUUUAAUUAGGGGGGAUAUUUCUUGCCUAUUCCAUCAUUUAAAAUACACACAUACAACAACCAGGGGAAAAAAUGUAAGUAUAACAUGCAUGCAAGGGGCAUGUAGACUAACAUUUCGUACAUUAUCGGGAUAUAGAAAACAUCUCAUUUCAAAGCACGCUGCACGGAUAAAGACGUCAAGCACAACUACAAAAGCAGUUCCAGAUCACCAAAGUGAAACCUGUUAUGAAGGAUCUGUUCUACAUGUAGGAAAGAAUAACAACACUGAAGGGAAUUUGGAACAACUGCACCAGGAAAAGGCAUUGUUUGUUGGAGAAAGCAGUGAGCAGGAAGAUGUCUCUUUUGAAACGCAAACAGAGAGACUACCUGAUAUUGCAGCAAAGUUUGUAGCAGAACUCAGGGCAAGGACUAAUGUGCCUGCUUCACACACCAACAAGGUCAUUCAAACCGCACAAGAUUUGGUUAUUUCUGUGUUACAAACUGUGCAACAGGAUGUGAUGGAUAUCUUAAGUGAGCCACAAUAUGCAGCUAACAGUGAGCUGAGAUCUGAUAUACAAGAUGUAUUCGAGAAUUCAAAGAAUCCAUUUUCAGAGCUCAUGUCAGAUACUCAACAGAAAAAAUAUUUCUCUGAGAAAGGUGAUUUCAUUCAGCCUUGUGAGGUGUUGUUGGGAACUUGCUUAAAACCAAAAAUUGAUCAAAAGACAGGUGAUCCACUGCAAAGCACACAAAAAGAAACCUUUCAAUAUAUACCACUAGCUGACACUAUUAAACAAUACUUAGAGCGACCAGGAGUAAUGAACGCCAUACUGUCUCAAAAAGGAUCAAAAGAUAAUGAUGUUUUGUAUUCAUUCAAAGAUGGUCACUAUUAUAAAAGGCAGGAAGCUACUGCUAGACAAGACUGUGAAUUCUUAGUGCCUCUGUUGUUGUACAAUGAUGAGUUUGAGACAGCCAAUCCGCUUGGGUCAAAACGCGGCAAACACAAGGUAAGUGCCUUUUAUACAAGUGUGUUAUCCCUUCCCAGGAAAUACCAGGCUAGGCUGGAAAAUAUCAUGCUCACAGCUAUGAUCACAUCUCCGCUUUUGAGUAAAUAUGGCAUCUCAGAAGUUUUGAAGGUAAUCAAGGAUGAUCUGCAGCAGAUGUGGACUGAUGGACUCACUAUCAAGUGCAAAGAGUUUGAGGGUAGGGUCAAACCCUACUUAUUCCAAGUUGUAGGGGACAAUCUUGGCAUUCAUGCCAUGCUGGGAUGUACAACCUGUUUCCGUGCCAACUAUUACUGUAGAUUCUGUAGAGGGCAUCGCUCGUUGCUUCAGAAACAGCCAAAAGAGGAUGCCCAAUAUCUCCGUGAUGAAAUAAACUAUGAUACAGAUCUUCAAAAGCCCUUGUCAGAAUCUGGCUUGAAGCAUGCAACAGUUUUGAAUGAAUUGCCUUACUACCAUUCCACCCAAAACUUAUGUCCAGAUGUAAUGCAUGAUUUUACAGAGGGAGUCUUGCCCCUGGAAAUGCACCUUGUUUUGAGUAAACUUGUUCAGAAGGGUUUCAUAACACUGGAUGAGGUGAACAGUAGAAUAUCCUCAUUCAAUUUUGGCUUUGUGGACCGCAAAAACAGACCAAGCCCAAUCAGGCAGGCAUCACUGAAGAAUCCAUAUUCUGCCAGUGGACAGACAUCAGCACAGAUGACGUGCCUUGCAUACAACAUCCCUCUCAUGAUAGGAGACAAGAUUGAUGAGAUGUGUGAUGAGUGGGAACUCUUACUGUCAAUCAUUGACAUCUUCAAAAUCAUUAUGAGUCCCAGUAUCAGUAAGUCUGCCAUCUAUGUCCUGAAGGCAAUGAUUGAUGAUCACCACAGGCUCUUCAUGCAGCUCUUCCCUGAAGCUAGUCUAACUCCGAAGCAGCACUUUCUUGUGCAUUACCCACGUGCACUGAAACACCUUGGGCCACUGACCCAGUAUUCAGCAUUGCGUUUUGAAGCAAUGCACAGACCUUUCAAGCAGAUUGCCAGUGUAUCUUGCAACUACCAAAACAUUGUCAAAACAUUGGCUAACAGAUACCAAAUGGCACGGUGCUACAGGUCAGUAUCAAAUCAGUCACUGGAUAGCCAAGAUAUCAAUGUGUCACAGCAAGCUGCAGCAAUGCUUGGUGAUCUACUUGAUGAUGAGGCACUUUGCAAAAAAAUUAACUGUGGAAGGGGAACCGAAGUUACAGUUGCUGGGAAAGUGGACAUUCAUGGAUAUGAGUUCCGGGCAGGUGUUGAUGUACUUCUAUAUUGGACUGAUGAUGAUGGACCCACGUUUGGACGUGUUCAGCAUAUUGUAGUGGUGCAAGAAAAGUUGUAUCUGCUCCUUCGGCUGUAUCAGACCUUGUACUUCAACAGACAUGUUGAAGCAUUUGCAGUACAGGUGGGCAGAGAGGAAGCACAAGCUGCUGUUGAAUGGUGUGACCUGUUUGAUCACAGGCCAGUCAAUGCUGUCCAGUCCUAUAGUGGAAGAGGGCGCUGCUUGUAUAUUGUGGUGCACCAUUCAUUCAUCUAGGAACAAGAAGGUACGUGUAGGCAACACGUUGCAAGCAAGUGAUAUAUUUUUACAACUAGACAUUACAGGUGCACUUGCAAAUUUUGUCUUAGAGAACAGAACCAAAACAAAGCAAAAGAAAGAAACUGUUAUUCCAAUUACAA